CGAUUAUCGUGUAAUAUCAGUUGUAUGUUUUUGAUCAUGAUGUACCGUUUUUAGCACGUGAUGCGAGGGAAGAAGUAGUAGGUGAACUUUAACAUCACACCAGCAAGCUAUGAAUAUGAUUAUUUUGUUGGCAACAUAUAAUGAGUCGACCUCGACAUCGAGCAUCUCGACGGCAUGUUGAUGUUGAAUUCACAUUCAUCGUGCGCAACGCAAACCCAAGGUUUGAAAUGAUAAUCAUGGAAGUAAGUUAGUAAUGAUUGUCGAGCCAGCCGGCGGCCCUGUACCUGUUUGAUGAUCUCCCAGAACUGCUUGUAGCGGACGAUCCUUUUCCCAUGUUCGGCUCAGCAGCUGCACCGCUCGUCCAACGUCGAUAUUUAGCAGCAAGAUGAGCGGUAUGAUUCCCUCACAGCAGGGGCAUCUGCAUCUCUCUGGAGGUGGCAGUGGCGCCGGAGCAGGUGGACCACCACCGCCUGCUGCGCCGGACGGCAGUGGCAGUGUCAACAUGCAUAUCAACGGCAAAUAUGUCUGGGUCUGGAAGGUUGCGAGAUUUGUCAUGCAUAUUGUGGAUCACGCAAAUGGUGUCUGAUGCAGGCAAAAGCAUCAGAGGUAGUUUUGAGCACGCCUCAACAUGAUGCCUGUCUUGCAUGAGAAACUCUCUACAUACUUCUUGCGUACCAAGAAAUGGCCAGCUUUUGAUGCUGGUGCUCGUCAUGCAACACAAAUUCUUGUGUGUUUUAGAGUUUGAUGCAUCACAAGUCCCAGCUGCUUCCCAGACCCAGACAUUAUAUUUGCAAUGCAUAAUGCAGCAGGAAUCGCAGGACCACCAGCUCCUGCACGACCAGCAGGAGGACUCCUUGAACCUGUUCUAUGAAGGCCUCAGAAUGGAAACCCUCAAAGUGGAAAUAAUUUGUGAUGCAUGGAAUGCGACAAAAAAAAGCCUGUAUAGCAGAGGACGCAAUGGAGGCCGACUAUCGUCCUGCUAGGGGUGACGAACUGGAGUGCUGUUUAGCAUGAGAGAAGGGUCGGACCCCUUUGUCUUAACCAGAAUGACAGACAUGCUUUCAGUACUCCGGGAAGUUUGUCAUGCGCCGACUACAAAUGGCGCUUCAACUGGAGUCGUUUUUUUGCAUUACAAAUUUAUUUCCACUUUGAGGAUUUCCAACCUGAGGCUUUCAUAUGUUCCGCGAAAACGAACGGCUCAAGGCCGAACUGCGCGGGCGGUUAGGUUUGGAGAAGGAACUGAACAGUAUGCAUUGCAAAAGUAUAAUCGUACUCGUAUAAAUGCAUUACAAAUUUCCUCAGCAUGAGAAAUAAAAUGCGGACUUAGCUUCAGAAAAAAAUUUGUAAUGCAUGACUGCAAUACGAGUGCGAUACUUUUGCACAGGAUAGACAGCCUGGAGAAGCAAAACCAAAUCUUUAAGGAACAAGUGGAGCGGUUGGAGGAGGAAAAUGGGCGACUCGUGCAGGACCAGAUCAAGCAGGUCCAGGAGAGCACUUCCCUGGUCGGCGGGGGCGCGGGGUCCUCGUCCUCGUCGGCGCAUGGCAACAAGAGCGGCACGACUGCCAGCGGGUUCAUGCGGUCGGCGCUCGGUGCCGCCACCGGGUUGCUGACGGGUGCGGGCGCCGACGAGAGCGCGCUCGCGAAGGUAUCCUGUGCAAAAGUAUCGUACUCGUAUAAAUGCAAGUCUUGCAUUACAAGUCCUAUUCUUAAGGUGAAUCCGCAUUACAAAUUUUAUUUCUCAUGCUGAGGGAAUUUGUAAUGCAUUUAUACGAGUGCGAUGCUUUUGCAUUUGAUAGAAGGAGCUGCGCGACAAGACGCGGGAACUGGAACUCGUGUCCCAGAAGCUGCACUAUGGAUUGCAAAUAUGUCUGGGUCUGGAAGAAUGCAAGUUUGUCAUGCUUGUCUGGCAUGACUCGAGAAUCUGUAUUGCAUAGGCACGAAAAGGCCCUCUUGCUUGUCAUGCAAAAACGCAGUUUGCCAUGCGGAAUAAGUAAGACAUGGCAGCCAAGACAUUUGUCAUGCGGAGCUGCGUACUGCAAUGCGUUCUUCAUUCACUUUUAGCAUUACAAGUCUCCAGGCGCAGACAUUUUUGCAUUUGAUAUGCACACCUCCGAGACGAAUUUGAAGUUGCUGGGCAACAAGCAGUAUCCUGUGCAAAAGUAUCGUACUCGUAUUGCAAUCAUGCAUUACGAAUCUUUUUCUUAAGGUAAAUCUGCAUUACAAAUUUUAUUUCUCUUGCUGAGAAAAUUUGUAAUGCAUUUAUACGAGUACGAUUACGAUACUUUUGCAGUUCAUAAGCAGGAACUGGCGGAGAUCAAGCAGCGAGCCGCCGCGGAGAAGCAGCAGAGCUCGGAAAAGCGCGCCCAGGAGAUGCAGCUGCAGUACGAGCAGGCGAGGAAGACCCAGGAAAACGAGCUCGCGAAACAAAAGCGACAGGUCGCGAUAUCGUAAGGAAAAAUCCCCCCUCCCCAUAUCGAAAGCGAAAUUUGUGUUGCUGUAUUUGAGUACACAAAUCACAUUCGUCUUGCUGGAGAGGACUGCAGACCCAUACCAAGCCUGAGUAGAGAGGCUUUGACUUUGGCGCUUAGCAUGAGAAGCGUCCGUGAUGUUGGCUCAACAGCAUGACAAACCGCCUCCAUAAUGGGACGGAAGCUGCUGCCUUUGUCUUCUUGCAACACAAACGUGAUUUGUGACCUCAAAUCAGCAACACAAAUUCUCGAAACCUCACCUCUUCAAUAUGGGGAGGGGGGAUUUUUCCUUGUGAUACGCGAGCCUGGAGCACGAGCGGAGCAAGGCGGAAGAGGAGAAGGAGGUCCAAAGGCAAGCGAUACGCGACCUAUGGCGUUCUCAAACGUUACAUUCUCAACUGUUACAUGGAUUUGUAAUGCAAGACUAGCACAGGUGAGAGGGAGAACCUUGCGCGUCUUGCAUUACAGGUUUGAUCCGGAUUACAGUGCUAUCUAGCCUUCCGAGAAUUUGUCAUGCGAAGCAGCUUGAUCGUCUGGCGGGUCAUGGUCAUUUUGCAUGACAAAUCAUGUAACAGUUGAGAAUGUAACGCUUGAGAACCCCAUACGACCUGCAGGAAGAGUUAGACAAGAUGCAGACUGACUCACACGUGGGGAUCUUGAGCAAGGUAUCAAAUGCAAAAAUGUCUGGGGCUGGAAACUUGUGAUGCAAGUCCGUGAACAGAAAGUGCUCUGUAAUGCACCGCCAAGCAUGUGCAUGACAAAAUUUUUCGUGGUGCUUCUGUGCUGCGAAUUUCGCAUGAGAGACGGCGCUUUUGCAUGACAGGCAAGAGGGCCUCUUGGUGGCCACGCAAGACAGAGUGCAGAGUCAUGUCAGAUCGAAGCAUGACAAACCUUGCAUCCUUCUACACCCAGACAUAUUUGCAAUGCAUACAUGGAGCUGCAAGACUACAAGGCCGCGCACUACCGCCUCGAGGCAGAUUUGAAAUCUGCCUGCAGCGAGAAGGGCAGCCAGCAGAGGAUCUACGAGCAGGAGAUCGCUCGCCUGCAGAAGCUCGUGAAGACCCUGGAGAAGGACGCGACAAGGCUCACGCAAGACAAGAACGUGCUGAACAGCAGCGUCACAGAAAUGGAGAAGCGAAUUGAAAGGCUGACAGGUAUAAAUAUUUGUCGUCAUCACGUUCUUGUGGUCGUCCUAAUCGUGGAUUUGAGACGACGAGCCUAGACGUCGUCACAUUCGGAUCAACUUCAAUUGCGACAUAAUUUGGACAUAGACUCACUGCAUUCGAAAGACAAAAAAACACUUUGAAAAUUAUAAAUUCCAGAUAUCAACUAUGCCAUGCGGCCGUACAUAACGCAAAGCCACGCGGCGGCGGCUGGCGAGCAAACAGGAGGGGAUCUUGUGUCUGACCUCAUGGAAGCGCAGGGCCGACUCACUGAAGCACAGCGCGAUCACGAAAAGGAGAAGCAGAAACUGGUAUAAUCUUACACGUCGUGGUUGGAAUACUAACUUAGUAUAGUUUUCGAUUGAUGACGUACAACGAACUUGCAAUUGGGACAGUUGUUCCAAUCAGCAGAACAAAAAAAAACCGUAGCGGAAGAUGUAGUUCGAAUGUCGUCGUGUUGAAUAUGACCUCUUUUUGUUUAUUUCUGCAUAGAUCAAGUUGCGUCCACCGACCCCUUCUUUUUGUCUUUGUCAGGAAAUGGAGUAUAGUUCCCAGCUGAAGUCAAUGGAAGCGGAUGCGGAACAGAAAGAGCGCCACCUUCAUAUGGAGUUCUCAAACGUUACAUUCUCAACUGUUACAUGAAUUUGUCAUGCAAAAGUACCUUAAGCCGGCAGAUGAGCAACCUGCUUCGCAUGACAAAUUUAGGAAGGGCUAAGCAGCAUUUAGAUCUGUGCCAAACUUGUGAUGCAAAAGGCGCAAUCUUCCUCCUUUCACUUUUGCCCGUCUUGCAUUACAAAUUCAUAUUUAACUGGUGAGACAAUAACACUUGAGAACUCCAUACUUCAAAGCUUGCUGGAAACGCUCGAGCAGGACAAUAAGUUGCUGAAGGAAGAUAUCGCAAGAAAAAAGUGUUACAGUUACACAUUGUGUUGCAGGCGGCCGAGCAAGACAGACAAGCUCUGUCAUGCCGGAUAUGCAUACGAGCUUCGCUUCAUAGGUGUUUUCCCGUAGGAUUUCUGCAUUACAAGUUUUCUCUCUCAUGCAGAGAAAUUUGUGUUGCUGAAUUGACAUACAAAUCUGUAACUGUAACACUUUUUUCGUGGGAUAGAGGACUGCCGCUUGCUGACCGAGACGCAGAAACGCGAACGACAAACCUUCGCCGACGAGAAGCGCCGGCUGGAGCAAGCCCUCUCCCGGUCUGGAUCGGCGGGCUCCGCCUUGAGCGCGCAGAUGGACCAGCACCAGUCGUUGCAAAUGCUGCACCACGAACUGAAAAAAGCCAAUGGAGAGGUCGAAGCCAGCCGGCAGCGCGAGCGCCGAAUCCAGCUCCAGUGCGAACGCGCCGAAGAGGAAUUGAAAGAAAAGGUGUGAAUUUUAUAUCGUCAUGUUCGACGUGGUGCCCUUCUUCUCAACAUUAUGAUAAAGAUCAUCUUUCAGGCUACUCAGCAGGCAGGACAGAGAAAGCGGAAGCGCGCAGAAGCGGUCUUUCCUGGCUCGAUGUUUUGUUCGUAAAAAUAUCAUCUUUCCCCAUGACCCCUGAUGAAUAUUUUUAUCCACGAAAUUUAUUCACCAGGAACUCGAACUGAAAGAGUUGAGGCACCGGGCGCUGACUCACGGCAAGAGUACCACCAAGCUGCAGACCCAGAUCGAUACCCUGACCGAACAGUGCAAUCGCAAGGACCGCGAGUUGGACGAGCGCGGACGCGAGCUGGAGGAGCAGAAGAGCACCCUCGCGGCGUACAAGCGGCAUCUGCAGGAGCGGAACGACGAGAUCCUGAAGCUCGACCGGGAGCAGGCUCUGUGGAACCGCAACAAGCUGCUGUUGGAGACGGAUCUGAACAAGCGGCAGCGCCUGCUGGACGACCUUCAGGGCGAGGUGGAUUCCCAGCGGCACACGCACAAGCAGGAAGUGCAGCGGCUGCAGGGCGAGCUGGAGCGGGAGACGGAGGAGAGAAUGCACCGGGACCGCACGAUCGCUUCCAUGGAGCAAACCAUCCAAGAGAAGGUGGACGCCCAGUUGGACGACCUGAUCCAGAUAUGCAUUGCAAAAGCGUUGUACUAGUAUGAAUUGCAUUACGAAUUUUCGCAAGAAGAAAAGUGGAAUUUGUAAUGCUGUUUUACCUUUGGAGGAAGAUUUGUCAUGCAUAUUUGCACUUAGUACGAGUGCGAUACUUUUGCACAGCAUACCAGAUCGAACGCAUCAAUUUCGACGCCCAGUCGCGCGAACUCCGCGCGGAGCUCGAAGUGUGGCAAAAGCGGGCGCGCGACGUAUCCUAUUUAAAAACGUCCCCACCCCAUAGUUGUAAUGCAAAUCUGCAUGCUGAAAUAAAAUGUGUCUCAUGCGGAGCCCCAUGAGAAGCAUUUUCUAGUCGUGUUUUGCAAUUUGUCAUGCUCCAAUCAGCAUGGUUUGCUAGAUCUGUGAUGCUCCUGAGCUAGCUCAAACAGCACUACACUACGAAUCCAAAUUUGUCAUGCAAAACGGCCAAAACUUGUGGAUUUGUCUAGCCGAUUCCCCAUCUUGACUAUGGUGUCGGGACGUUUUUACUCAGGAUACGACGCGGACCUGCUGCAUAGUGGUACGACGACGAACAAGAAAGCUGCCGGCAGCGUUCUUUCACCGGCACGCGGCGCGGCCGCUGAUGAUGUCGAUCAUCCUGCUAGUACUUCAUCCCAACAGCAGCAGCAGCAGCCACCCGCCGUAGCUACAACUACUACUAGUAGCUUAUGCCUUGGACGCUCGUUAGCAUACAGAGGGGUGAAUUUGCAGUGAAUUUGUCUUGCAUGACUUGCAUUUACUUUAAAAGAGAAGUGCGCUGCGUGGUAAAGGGCUGGACACGAGCAGCCCAAGCAGCUCACGCAGCGUGAAGGGCUGCUCGGCGCCAGGUGGCACUUGCAGCACCGAAAGAAGCGGUCUUACGGGGCCCGCCGGACCGUGUAGUGCAUAACCAAAUAAGAAGGUGGAUCGUGGGGCUCUUGUUCAUCUGCGCGUUUACCUCAGAAGUUCCUCCCCGGAAUGGUCGAAAGGGAGGGCGACGCCUGAACACAGGGGCACUAGUUCAACGCGUACGCUCUCGCGAGACGUUGUUUGGAAUUGGAUAUCUGGGAGUAGCCUCGGGUGGAAGGGAAGGCACGACUCGGCCGCGGGCACUAGUUUGCUUCGCCUGCUGUGCUCGGCUUACAACUCCCCAGGUGUGUUUUUGCCUCCGGAGCAAGUCUUAUUCGACGUGACCCCCAGGUCAAGACUUCCCUUGGUGAAUUUUAAGGCUUUUUGUUUUUGCGACACUUUCUGGAAGCCCCAAAACCCGGAGUUUCUCAUGCGCCAGCGCAUUUUGAACAGGAACCGGAGGACAAAAUUCACCGGCGUCCUUUCCAAAAUUCACCCCAAAAUUCACCGAGCGCCACUUUUCGACCGUGAUAAGCAAAGUUUAGCGCAAAAAAGUGCUCAAAAAAACGCACAAGUAGACCCUGGGAAGUGGGGCCGAGGGGAAAAGACAGGCGCCCGCUGUUGCCCUUAGCGCCUCUAUAUUCUGCCGAAAAGGCCUGGAGAGUUCACGCGCCUGCCGGAUAGACGCGUCAAAGCUAUCGGCCGGGUCCUUCCACCUUUGCUUCCGCGCCUUCAUCUUGCCUAAACUGCACUUAUGUGCUUCGCGGUUCUUGUUUUUGGCGUCUUUGCCGCGGCUGCUGCAGUGCUUGCUCUUUUGCAAGCACAGGAAGACGAAAAGACAUGGCCAAGAAAGAAUGACGCCCAGGCCAUGUCCAGCUGCCCGCCGCAUAAGCCUGGUGUGCAGAACCCACUUCCCAGAAGAGCAAAAGGGACAAUGUCCCCUCUGCUAUUUGUCAUGCAAAAUUCACUACAAACUCACCACUUCUCAUGCUAACGGGCGUUAAAGCUCUAACUAGUAGCGCCACUGCAUCCCAACAGCAGCAGCAGCAGCCACCCGCCGUAGCUACAACUACCAGUAGCGUUACCGGUGUCGUGCCGCCAGCAGCUACUUCGUCCGCCUCAUCUCCCGGUAAACUGCACCAUCAAGUGUCUCCGCGGUCGGCCGCUGUAUUGGUGGAGGCGUCCAGCAUGGCGAGUGAAGGCCCCCGACGCACCAUUUUACUCACCUUGAUGGAGGAGAAGGAGCGCGAGAAGAAGGAAGCGCUGCAGCACGAACGCGAGGCCAGCGCCAAGAUCCUGGAGGACGAACGCCAGAAUUUCGGUAAAACGUUGGAGCAGGAGGCUGGGAAGCGAAAGGACCUGGAGGCGAGGUGCGAGGAGCUGCUGUCGCAGUCGAAAAUGGCCGAACUAGAGGUCGAGAAACUGCGGCUGGAGAUCGCCUCGCGGGUGAGUGCGGAGGAAUUCGCGAGCUGGCGGGAGAAGCACGACGCGCUGAAGCAGCAGCUGGAGCAGUUGCAGCAGCAGAAGGAGGAGAUGGAGAAGACCUACAAGAAGCAGGCCCACGUGGACUUCGCGACGCGCAAGGGCCUCGAGGACCAGUUGGCCAAAAAGGAUUUUGACAUCCAGACGGCGCGACAGCUGCAGGAAAACGAGCUGCUGAACCGGCACGAGAUCCAGGCGGAAAGGGACGGGCUGAAAAUGAAACAGCAGGAACUGGAACAGAAGGUGAAGAAAACCACCGCGGAAAAAACCACGCUGCAGGAGGAGCUCACCAGGUUGCAGAAGGAAAAGUCCAGUGACGACGAGUACUACCAGAAGACGCUCACCGUGGCGCGGGAGCAGAAGCAGUAUCCACAGUAAAUUUGCCGUACAUGCACGAAAACGAAUGUGGCUUUCGCAUGACAAUAUUUACCCUCAAGCCUCUUCAGCAUGACAAGUUGCUUCUCCUAAGGUGGUGAGAUAGAGAUUUGUGAUGCAUUUUGUACAUGUGCGGGAAAUUUGUAUUGCAUAGGCAACAACUGGAAAGCAUGAUCCAGGGCCUGGUCGUCGGUCCGGAGGACAUGCCGCAGUACUUGGAGCAGGCGCGCCGCAUCGAGGAGGUGGCCAAACUGCGGGUGCGCGAACUUGAACUGGAAAAAUCCGCGCAGGCGGACGAAAUCCAGAUGCUGCAGCGCAACGAGGUUCUACUAAGGGAAAAACUGGACCACGAAUCCGCACUGCUCGCCAACGUCCGGGUGCAGCUAUGAACUGCAAAAGUAUCGUACUCGUAGUAAUUGCAGUCAUGCAAGACCAAGAAGAGAAAUUUCAUUUUCAAGCUAAAUCAGCAUGAAAAAUUCCGUUUGUCAUGCGCAGCUAAUUUGUGUUGCAAUACUAGCUACGAGGGCGAUACUUUUGCAGUUCAUAGCAGCUCCAAGACGCCAAAAUCGACGACACGAGCGCAAAGGAACUGGAACUCGUCAAGAAGCGGUCGGGGGAAAUGGAGCGGAAUUUGUCCGAAGUCAAGAGGCGCUGCGAAGAACUCGAGCAGGAGAUGAUUCAGGUAUAAAUACGUUAAGCUUGUUGAUGACCACGUCCACGACGUCGACCUGCUGGCCGCGGCCGCCGGGUACUCUGGGUUGCGUGUCGGCGCCUUCCCCCUUGCCCCCUCCGCCUAUCCUUCCGAAGCGGCCGCGCUUUGAUGUUGGAUUUGUGAUGCUGAUGCCCGAGCGCCCUCAAUCAAAGCCGUGGCCUCUUCUGGGUGCGGAGGUCACAGCUUCAGCAUGAUGGCAAGACCCCUGCUACGUAGGUUGGGAGCAGCUCGCGUUUUAGUUUCAAAGAGUUCGCCUCCCUUUGGGGGCGGCUUUGUAUCGUUUUCGCCGUCCUCGUUCCAGCCAGAUAAAGACGGCCCUUCAUCAGAUGGAGCGCCGUCCUACCCUUCGACGGGCUUGCUGCAAGGCAAGAAAACGAGGCGCCCCCCAGACGACACUGUCGCGGGCGGUGUCCCCGCCUCCGGCCUUGCAGGUCGGCAACGCGCACCACAAUCCGCCACGACAGACGAGAGCACCCCCUUCACGGGCUGCACUGUGCUGCUGUGGCGGUUUUUGGUGCGAACCCUUCCGCCGAUGCUAUGGCCUUCCCACCAAAAUCCGCCAGAGCAGCACAGUGCACCCCCUUGAAGCACCCCGUUGCGGCACCCCGUCACACGGGCGGCUCAAAAAAUCCGGCCGAAGGUUUCAGGGAGCCGGCCAGGAUUCUCUCGCGUAAGUCGUUUAAGAUAGGAACCAAACAAAUACGCCUCCCCAGCCUUUUCGCGGAGAACCGGCGGCGCCAGUCAGUUGGCCGGGCCAGUGCGUCACCGAGAGAAGGGCCCUCAAGGCUACAAACCUCCCCCCCUUAGUCCUAGACCGGAUUUGAUACCUGACGCGCAAUAGCUAACAUUGCGCGCCGAACUUGCCUAGUCGGAAAGAAAUGGAGCCUGGGCCUGGUUCUGGGAUCGGAAUGGAAGAGACAGGGGCGGCGCCCUGACACCGCAGGGCCGGAUGUGCCUGUGGUAAGUUUCUUGAUUUGAGCAGGCCGUCGACAUGGCCGUGUUGCGGUGUCGGAUGCGGAGGCCAUCCGCAGGCCCACCUUCCCGCUCUACCCGUCCCGGCGAGGCAGGACGCGUUGCAACGUCCUUGCGUCAGCUUGAGCACCCGUCUUGGCGAGCCCACUCGGAAAAGAAAAAUUUUGAAAUUUUGGCUGUGGUGCAUUUUUUCCUUCGAUACUUGUUGAUGACCACGUCCACGACGUCGACCUGCUGGCCCCACUGCACCGUUUGUUGCUUUUUUCUUUGCACUUGAUGUAGCUGAUGGCAAUGAUAAUGACUGACUUGCUGUUGCUCUUGAAGAUGCAUAUAAUGCAAAAUAUCUCUUACCGCUACCGCAUUUCUUGUCGGACUGCAAAUACCCAGGCCGAGAGCUUCAAGGGCCCUGAAUUUGUGAAGUUGUCCAACAGCGAAGCCGCUUUGCGGAAGGAACUGAACCAGCUGAAGGAGCACCUUCCGGAGGUGGAAGAAGACCUGCGACGCGUAUAAAAGCCUCAGGUUGGAAAUCCUCAAAGUGGAAAUAAUUUGUAAUGCAAAAAAACGACUCCAGUUGAAGCGCCAUUUCUAGUCGGCGCAUGACAAAUUUUCCGCGCACUCAAAGCAUGUCUGUCAUGCUAGAUAGGCAAAGGGGUGCCCUUCUCGCGUGCUAAUCAGCAGCCCAAUUCUGAACCUCUAGCAGGACGAUAAUCGGUCUCCGUGGUGUCCUCUGCAAUGCAGUCUUUUUUGCCGUGCAUUUCAUGCAUCACAAAUUAUUUCCACUUUGAGGAUUUCCAUUCUGAGGCUUUCAUAGUGCGAGAAGGCCAAGUACAGCAAGUCCCAGAUGGAGAUCCAGCAGCUGCACGCGUCCGUGAGGCAGCAAACGGAGGACUUGGAGAAGCGGAAGGCUGAGACGGAGCAGGAGAAGAGAAACGCGCUGCAAGUUGUGCAACAGGAGCGACUGAGGCAUAACGACACGAAAAAUCAGCUGACGCAAGCGACCCAGGAGAUUGCGAGCCUGAAGGACCAAUGCCAAAAAACGGAGCAGCGGGCGGUCGCUGCGGAAUCUGGUGCUACGCAAAAAGACGCGAGCAUGCAGGAGCUGCGAGCGUCGCAGGCAGCGGAAGUCGAGGACCUGAAGCAGAAGCACCAGGCGUAUGUAAAGAGCGUGACUGACAAAUACAAAUCGCAGUUUGAAGCUGUGAAGAAAAAAGCCGAGGAAUGGAAAGAAAAGUACGACCUGUCAAGCAACGUCACCGACCGGGAAUUGGAGACCAUUGUCUACGUACUUACUUACUAUACCAUUCAGCAGUUUGAGUUUCGUCUACUUUAUUUCCAAAAAAAUUUCAUCUGCGACAUUUCUUCGUCAUUUUUCUCGAUCACGUACGAAGUUCUCAGUGUGUAAGUAGCAUAGCAGACAAAACGAAAAAAAGUAAUAGCCGUGCGGUAGUUGUACUUGUAGCACUAGAAGUUCUACUUUGAUCGUAUUUCUGGACAACUGGUGUGGGCAGCACCACCAGGCUUCACGUUUAAUAUACGGAAUUGAGCACCUUUGACUUUGUUCGUUCCAUACGUGGCCCUUCUCCCUCGAUGUUGUAGUUGAUAAUUUGCAAUGCAAAUAAAUCACACCAGGCCAAGGAGCUAACAGACAAGCUGAAAGACGCGGCUUUGGUGCAGCAAAAGCAGGCGGCCAAGGUGGCUGGUUUGGAACAGGAGAAGACGAAAACCACGGCUCGCAUCACGGAGCUCGAGGCUGCCGUUAUGCAUUGCAAAUAUCUCUGGGUCUGGAAUGUUGCAACUUGUGAUGCGCAUUUCACAACACAGACAAAUCUCUCAUGCAUAGGCAGCAAGAGAUGUCCAUUUUCUGUCACCAAAGUGGGGGAUUUGUCAUGCGGAUUAAGGAGCAAUGGCAAUGCAGCGGAAGCUUCUCAAAUCUGUGAUGCUAGAGCUUCCAUGACAGACAUUCUGUGUCAUGCAAAAGCAGCAUGACUCUUCCAGACCCAGACAUAUUUGCACUCGAUAGCCGUCGCGGGCGAGCAGGAAAAGCUGCGGGUGGCCGCGGAGAAGCACGGCAAGGCGGCGGAGGACUGGGCACUAUGCAUUGCAAAAGUAUCGUACUAGUAUAAAUUGCAUCACAAAUUUUUUCAAAAGGAAAAAUGCAUUUUGUAAUGCUGAUUUACCUAAAAAGGGAUGUUUGUCAUGCACGAUAGCAAUUAGUACGAGUACGAUACUUUUGCACAGGAUAGGCGCAGAAGCGGGCUGAUUUCGAGAAGAAACUGAAGUCCAGCGAGGGCGACACGGAGCGCGAAAAGCUGCUCUCGGAGCGGCUGCAGACCGAGAAGGACACCCUGACGGCCGAGGUCGCGAAGCUGAAGCAGCGCGGCGAGCAGCUGCAGCAGAUGGUACGAGAGUUUGCACAACUCGUCCCCCUCCCCCUCCUUUGUCUUGCCUAGUGUAGAAGUACUGUUUGAGCUUGUUCCGGAAUCUGUGAUGCAAACAGGAGUCCCACAGGGAAGCACUUGGUCUUGGUCUUGGAUAUGGAUUUGUGGUUUUGCAUGAGAAAUGAGUCUGAGGGGGGGUUUUGCACUUUCAUAGAUGUAUUUGGAGCAGCAGAAUUCCCUGGCCGCCGCUGGGGAGCAGGGGCACCAGGCGAGCAAAAUCGCCGACCUAGAGCAGGAAAAGCACGAGCUCGAGCGGAAACUCACCCGUUUGGAAGAGCGGGUGACCAGCAUGACGAACCAGAUCCAGAAACUGCAGAGCGAAAAUGAAGCGGAACUGACGAAAAUGCGGGAGGACCACAAAACCGCCCUUGUGCAAAGGGCCCAGGAACACACGAAGGAGCUCAAGAAAGCCACCGAAAUGUAUGAGAACGAAAAGCAGACCCUGGUGCGGGAAAAACAGGAGAUGGGCCAGGAUAUGACGAAAAACAUAAAGGAUUCGGUCAUCGCCUGCGAGGAGGAGCGGCUUACCAAAGAGUACGAAGCAAGGCUGGACGACCGAAAAAAAGAGCUGGAAGCCGAGAAUGAGCAGGAACUGAGCGCCGCGAAGAAACGAUACCACGAAGAAGCCGAGCAGCUGAAAGAGAAGUUGCAGCAGGAGACCGAAAAUUUGCGGGAAAAGCUCAAAGAGCGCGAGGCGAACGCGCUGCAAGCGAAGAAGGACGAUUUGGUACACCAGAACGAGGAGCACCAGAAGAAAGUCGAAAAGGAAUUCGCAGACAAGAAAGCCGCGUUGGAAGCGGAGGCGGAGAGAAGGAGAGCCGAAUUGGAAAAAGAAUUCGCUAAGAGGUCGGAGGAGCUGGAUGCAAAAUUCAAGGACAUGGAAUCGAAGCUGCGAGCAGCCCUUGCAGAAGAAAAACAAAUGUUCGAACAAACUUGCGAAGGCAACGUGCGCGCCAAGCUCAAAGCAGAACUCGACGCUCUGGAGGCGAAAAAGACGGAAGUGGCAGGGGAAGAAAAAGCCAUGCAGGAGAACCGGGCGAAACUGCAGACCGAAACAGAAACACUGCAGAAGGCGCAGGAGAAACUGGAGCAAGAGACGACAGCGGUGAAAGCGCGCGAAGUUACCGUGCAACAAAAGUCUGACACGUUCGAAGUAGAGCUCAAGGCGAAGUACGAAAAACUCUGCCAGGAGCGCGAUGCGGCGGAAGUGAUGCUGAAGAAGCAGAUCGAGCAGGAGCGCAAACUGCUUGCGGAAAAGGAGCAAAAGUUGGAAACCCAGUUGGAGACCGAAAAGGCGAAGCUCAAGGCCGAGCACGAACAGCAGCGGAAAAUUUUAUCGACGGAGUUUGAGACCAAAAAGAGCGCCUUGGAGAACGAGUUCAAGAGGAAGGAGCUCGAAUUGGAAAACGAGGUCGCACAGCGAAAAAGCACCCUGCAGGCAGACAACGACAAGCAGCUUGCUUUCGAAAGUCAACGGCAGCAGAAAGCAGGCGAGGCGGAGCUGGCCGAGCAGCGAGUGGUGUUGGAGGACGAAUUCCGGGCGAAGCAAGAAGAGCUGCAGCAAGAGAAGCAAAGGGAAAAACAGCAGGAGCUCGAGGAAGAGCGCACGCGGCUUCGCGUCGAGGUGUUCGAAAAUGCCGACGCCGAGACCAAGCAAGCACUCGCUGAGGCAACGGAAGCCACGCGGGCGGCGGAGGAGGAGCGAGACCAGAAGGCCCUUGUGGCGGAAAAAAACAAGAUACAGUACAUGAACGUGGGCGAAUACUGCUUCAAACAGCUCAAGCCGUUCGCCAUCCAGCUGGCGGCCAAGGAGGGGAAGCAGCUUCCGGCUUGGAAAAAGAUGACCCCCACUGAAAUCACUGAACAAGCCCAGCAGAAUCUUCUGGCAGCCGCGUCAGUAGCAGCAGCAGCAGCCGCAGCAUCCAAAGCAGGAGGAGCAUCUACAACAACCGGGAACGCCACGCCGGGGGGACCCUCCGCUGCGACGAAAUCCGCCGGACCUGCAUCAUCCUCGUCAACUGCCGCUGCGGCCGCACGGACUCCUCCAGCCUUUGCGGUCGCCCCGGCGAGCAGAUGUCUCGGCGGUGGUGGAGGAACCGCUGGCGGCUCCUCGUCCUCUUCCUUUAAUCCGGCGGCCCGCGGUGGAACAGCGAUUCCAGGCUCUGGCUCGUCCGGAGUACUAAAAAUUCCUUCGGAGCAGAACAACAAGCGGGCAAGUGAAGCUGCAGACCCAACAACCACCGCGGGUGGAAGUACAAUGGGAGCCGCAGCUGCAACGGAAAAUACAAGUGCAAAACGCGCCAAAAUUGACGUUGCGCCACCUGCAGCAGCUUCUGGCUCUGCCGGCACGACAACCUCCAGCACAAAUAACGACCAAAAGCAGGUUGCUAAUAUUACUGCCUCCUCCUCAUCUGCUCCGGCAGUGGCCGCGUCGUCUUCAGUAAUAAACGCGGCUGCUGGAGGUGCACCCGGUACAACUACCUCUACGACAGCACAAAUGUCCUCUUCCUCGGUAAAAAUGGAAACAAAGGCCGUGGAUGGCAAGGUGGUCGCAGCGAGCGUGCAAGCGCAACAAGUUCGGGUCACCCCUGAAGGCCAGGUCUUCGCACAGCAGACCAGUUCUACGUUCAGUGCCAGUGGCGGCGUAGCUGGUGUGGCACAAGAACAGCUCCUCGGUCGUGCAGGAGGACCAGGGGGACCAGGAGCCGAUGUCUCAACAACGCCAGCGAGUUCAUCAACUGCAGGAGCUAACGCAGCUGGUGUUGCCCAGAACAUCACCAUGAUAACCGACGCAAAUACCGCGCCUGAGGCUGCAGCCGCAAGAACUGCAGCCGAGAUGACCCCAGCACCAGCCGCUGACUCCGCCUCUGGCCCAUCUGAUCAUGCUGGACAACAUCCGAAGGUGGAAACGAGAACCGAGGAACACCAGCAAGAAGACGAAGGUCUCGAGCAGGACCACGAAGAAGAAGCGGAAGACUUCGGGGGCGAUGAAGACGAAGAUGCUGAUGAAGCUGAGGACAAUGCUAACCAACAAGAAGAGGAAGUAGACCCGAAGAACCUGGAGGACCAGGAGCAGGCCGCUUCAGGAGCAGAACAAGGGCAACGGGAAGCUGAUGAAGUCGAUGAAGAGCACGACAAUGAGACUGGUGCUGAUCUCAAUCCUGAACAACAGUUGUCACCUGCUGAUGGUGAUGAGGAUGUUGACAUGAAUCAGCAAGAAAACCAGUUGGAGGCCGCGAACGGAGCCGAGGACGAGCAGGAGGUUGUCGAGGAAGAGGAGGACGACGACGACAUGGAAGUAGGAGUCGAAGAACCUGCCGACGGUGCGCAGAGUGGCGAACAAGUGGACGACGAGGAUGGAGAUGACAAUGACAAUGACAAUAUUAGCGACAUAACAGACAAGGACGAGGAAAUGGACGUCGAGCGAGCUGAUGUGGUGGAGGGGAAUGAUAAUGAAGCGGAAGCAAGUCCGGAAGUUGUAGAUGGGGACGUUGUCGUAGAGGAGCAAGAUGAAGAUGAUGAACAGGUAAUUCCUGAAGAUGAAAUCGCGUCGCCUCCUUCUCCUGAAGAAGAAGGCGAAGGUCAGGCAGCUGCAGCAGUAGAAGAGGACCCCCGCGUGGUAGAAGAAGAAGGAGCAGGGGGAGAUGAAGCGGACGGCGACGGCGCAAUGGAAAUAAACGACGAAAAUGCUACUGCCGCAGUCGCGGAGGAAGAGCAUGACCAACCUGUAGCAGACGACGGAGCGGAGCACCAAGGUGUAUCUCCCCCCGUAGUAGAGCAUCAAGCCCAGGACGACCGCGAUGACCCUGCACGACCAGCACAGGAGGGAGCUGCUGCAACAAGCGAGAUUCUGAAGAGCGGUGACCACCAAUUAGCGAUAGCCUCGGAUGACCCAGAAGUGGAAGAGCAGGCGGGCGACGACGCAGUUGAUGAGACGCACCAGGAACUAAAAAUGGAGGAUGAAGAUGAAAAUGUCGUUUUUCACUCCGCCCAAGCCAGUCCAGUUCACCCCGGCAACGGCCCUGUUCAAGUCGGACAAGUGAUUAUUUGUCCCCUCACGGGUGAGGAACUCAUCGGUGUGGCCGAAAUAACUGACGACGACGAGGAUGUUGAGAGCGAGCAGGGCAAGAACGAACAACAUGAUAAUCGUAAUCCUAAUCCUCCAGUCGAAAAUGACGCGGUCGCAGCAGCGCAAGAUGGUGCCCAAGAACUUCUUGCCGACGCAAACCACGACCAAGUUGAGUAAGCACCAACAUGUUCAAGUUCGUGAAAACGACAGACGAAUUUACGCAGCACGACAUCCAGUUCUACUUCGUGGAGAAUGAAAGUGGUGAAAUGAAGUCACCUUGGUGUUCGUCGUCGUCGUCGUGUGGCUAGGUGUACAAGAUUUUCUACCCUACCUGUACCUGAACCCUUGCGUCGUGCCACCGACCCCCUGGGCACCGCUCUCCAGACAUCAAAUAGCAUGCUCUCACAACUACGACCUCCAGUUUUAUAGCAAACGACAAGCGCAUAAAGACAAAUGUCUUCUUUGAGAAAGAGCUAGAAGAAAAAGAAAAAGCGAUGCAAAGAACAAAAGAAUCGAAUACCAGGCACGUGAGCCGAUUUUUGCAACGCAAAGAACCGAGAUGACUCGAAUAUUCUGAUGUUCGUCCACUUCGUAAGUCCAAC